AUGACGGACCCAGACCUCAACAAUAAGCUCGAUAGACUACUCACUCUAUUGGAAGCUCAGCUAGAGCUUACUAGGCAGGGUCAUCGAGAGGAACGACUACAACGAGCUCAGCUGGGUAGGGAGGAGACAAUGGACCUCUCUCACUCGGAAGACCAAGCAGGAGGAGGAGAUGAGUCUAUGAUAGGAGACCCACAUACUCCUACUCCAGCUCCACGACCAAGACGAUCAGUCUCAUUCAACUUGGAUGAGCAGGAGGACGUCAACUAUGAGAAGUAUGCUUCACCUACUGGGCCAAGAUAUGUCAAGACUAAGAUCUUCAUUCUAGAAGCCAAAGCAUGGUUUAAGUUCAACCAGGUGUAUGAGCAGACUAGGAUGAUCAACCACAUGGGUGCUCAACUGGAAGGGACAGCAAGAGAGUGGUGGACCUCCAAGCUCUGUAUUGAUAGAGCUAGAGAAGGAAGGUUGUUCAAUGAUUGGCACUACUUCACAGAGCGACUGUCAGAACAGUUCAACCCAUGCAAUGCUAGGAUGGAGGCAUACAACAAGCUGUUGGCUCUCAGACUCACAAGUGAUGCUCCUGGUGCCACCACACAUCAUGUAGAGCGGUUCAGAGACUUGGAGGGACAGGUCAACCUAGAUGACAACGAGCUAGUGAUUGAUCUCUUCAGAGGAAGUCUCACUCACAGCAUACAGGAGAAGUUCGAGAGGAAUCCACCUGGGAAGAGAUGGGAGUGGUACCAAGAGGUUGAGGAGAUCGAUCAACAGAGGAUGCUACUACAGCAUGGAGGCAAAGCAGUACUGGAGCUCUCUGGAAUGGUUCAAGACCAUCCUGCUCGGAUACUAGCUGAUACCGGUGCUGGUUUGUCCAUAGUCUCAGAUUCUUUCAUUAGUAAGUACCAAAUACCCACAAAACCCAUAAAAACAAGAUCGAUCCAUGGUGUCACCGGGCACCAACUCUCCAUCAAUAGUUCUGUGAGCAUGCAGGUAUCUAUUGGAACACACAAUCUGGGUGUGGUCGAAGCUUCAGUGGCCGACACUGCUGACUAUGACCUCAUCCUGGGGUUCACUGAGCUACGGAGGCUCAAACCCACCAUACAAUGGGAUACGGGCCAGCUGGAGUUCAAGACUCAGGAGCAGGACCGACCCCCAAGGAGACCCCCUGAAGCAGCAAGAGCAGGGGACCUAACCAUGAGGAGACCAACCCUUCAUGGUAACGAGUUUGUCUCAGCAGAGCGCAUACUACAAGCAGCUCUAGAAGAUGGACCCAUAGGGUUCAUGCUGUUGGAGGAGCCACCAUCAUCACUCCCGGCCUUUGGUUUUGUACCUACAGGCGCAGACAAAGGAGUCGAGAUGGAGGUGGAGAUAGACAAGGUGGUGACAGCUGCAGACAUACCAAAGCCAUACCAACACCUGCAAGAUGUGUUUGAUGAGGUGGAAGCAGACAAGCUGCCCCAUCAUACCGAGCAUGAUCUCCACCUCGAGUUGAUAGAAGGAGGUAAGCCACCUCAAGGGCCCCUAUACCUUAAGGGACCCAAGGAGAUGUCCGAGUUGAGGAGGUACUUGGAUGAGAACCUCGAGAAGGGGUUCAUAAGACCAUCGAAGAGCCCGGCACGAUCACCAGUGCUCUUCGUACCAAAGAAGGAUGGAGGUCUCAGACUCUGUGUGGACUACAGAGGUCUCAAUGAGAUCACUGUCAAGAACAGGGCACCAUUGCCCCUCAUCGAGGAGCAGCUGUUCUUACUCAGGAAGGCAAGGAUCUAUACCAAGCUAGACCUUAGAGCAGCAUACAACCUCAUCCGGAUUGCUAAAGGGGAUGAAUGGAAGACAGCUUUUUGCACCAAGUUGGGACUCUAUGAGUACCUAGUGAUGCCCUUUGGCCUAGCCAAUGCUCCAGCUCACUUCCAGUCAUUCAUCAAUGACAUCUUCCGAGACAUCAUUGGAGUAUAUGUAGUGGUAUACUUAGAUGACUUCCUGAUCUUCAGUGACACUGAGGAGGUACAUGUGAAGCAUGUCACCGAGGUCCUCACUCGCUUAAGGAGCAACAGGCUCUUUGCUAAGCUGUCGAAGUGUGAGUUCCACACCAAGACAGUCGAGUUCCUGGGGUACAUCAUCAAGCCGACGGGCAUAGAGAUGGACCCAGAAAAGGUGCGCACUGUCAAGGAGUGGCCAAUGCCAGAGUCAAUCCAUGACAUCCAAAGGUUCCUGGGUUUUGCCAACUUCUAUCGAAGGUUCAUAGCCCACUUUGCUCACAUAGCCAAGCCCUUGACAUCACUGGUAAAGCCUAUAGAACAGUUCAAGAAGUUCGAGCUACCAGAAGAGGCCCAACAGGCCUUCCACAAGCUCAUCCAGGCAUUCACAUCAGCAGGAGUGCUUCAGCACUUCGACUACCACCUUCCAACAAGGAAGAUGUCUUCUGCCAAGAAGAACUAUGAAAUCCAUGACAAGGAGCUCCUAGCUGUGGUCGCCUGCCUUACUCAGUGGCGACACAUGCUAGCUGGACUACCAAGUCAACUGGUCAUCCUCACUGACCAUGAAGCCCUCAAGUACUUCAAGUCACAGAGAUGCAUCACAGGUCGACAGGCUCGAUGGGCCAUACUACUAGCAGACUUCGACUUCAUAUUGCAGUAUCGACCAGGAGACAAAGGUGGUGAACCCGAUGCUCUCACCAGAAGGACUGACAUGCAACCAGCUGGUGAAGAGCAGGAUCACAAUGUGAGGCAACUACUGCCUCCUCAAGUGUUCAAGGAGACAGCAGACCAUGACUUGCUCCUAGUGGCCCCCAUGAUCUCGAUGGAGUCCAUAGCAUCAAAAGGUCUCAGAGACCUGGUCAAGAUCUUCCAGCCCUUAGACCAAGAGCUACAGGAGAUACAUAGGAAGAAGCCCUUCGAGGUCAGGGAUGACCUAUGGUACAGUGGAGGAAGUGCCAAAGAGGUAGAUGGACAGUCUCUCUCUGUAGAGCAUCUGCGAUUCAUGGUGAUGACCCAAUGCCAUGAUGCUUGGAUUGCAGACUAUGUAGCAAGUUGUCCUGUAUGUGCUAGGUACAAAGCUCCUUGUCAUCGUCCAUAUGGUUUGCUACAGCCACUAGCAACAUCAGACAGGCCCUGGGGCUCCAUAUCCCUCGACUUCAUCGAAGGACUACCACCAUCGAAGAAGUAUGACUCCAAGACCUAUGACUCUAUCUUAGUCAUUGUCGACAGGUUAACCAAGUUUGCCAUACUAGCUCCAACCCAUAAGACAGUCACGGCCAAACAGACUGCAGUAUUGCUAUAUGGACACAUGGUUAGACUCUUUGGAUAUCCAGAUCACAUGGUAUUGGACCGAGGCAGGCAGUUCAUAUCAGGAGCAUGGAAGGCAUUUGCAGAGCAAAUGGGUGUGAAGCACUCACUUAGCACGGCUUACCAUCCUCAAACCAAUGGUCAGACAGAGAGGGUCAAUCAGGUCAUAGAGCAAUACCUCAGGAUGUACUGCAACUAUGAGCAGGAUGACUGGGUCAACCUGCUGGACACUGCAGCCUUUGUGUACAACAACACGGUCCACAACAGCAUUGGUGUCUCACCAUUCUUUGCAUGCUAUGGAUGGAACCCCAAAGCUCAUCCUGACAUCCCUCGACGACUAGGAGUCAAUGAUCCAGGUCACUUCGAGUACCUCAUGGAUGGAAAGGAGCAUUGCAAGUACCUCCAGGAGCAGAUCAGAGAGGCACAACGGAGAUCAGUAGACCAGUAUAACAGGAAGCACAAGGACAUCGAGUUUAAGGUGGGUGAUAUGGUCUAUAUCAACCGUCGAAACUGGAAGACACGGAGACCCACACCCAAGUUAGAUACCUGGUUUGCAGGACCCUACCCAGUUCAGGAACGGGUAGGAUGCCGAGCUUAUCGAAUCACAUUGCCAGCAAACCUUAGGGUGCAUGAUGUGUUCCAUGUCUCCAUGCUCGAGCCAGCAAGAACAAGUUCUCUUCCUCAACGUGCUGAACAACCCACCAUACCAUCACUUCCAGAUGAGGACCUCGACUUCGAAGUCGAAGCACUCAUCGACAAGCGUUCACACAAUGGGACUACAGAGUACAAGGUGUUGUGGAGAGGGUACUCAGAGGAAGCUGCUUCAUGGGAACCAGUAGAGAACCUCAACUGUCCCGACCUCAUCCAGGAGUAUGAGGUGUCGGAGGGGGGACAAGUGAGUAGACAAAGUAGAGAAAGGAGGAGAGAACAGGAGGAGUAG